AUGUCAUCAGCGACGUCGCAGGCCAUGCUUAACCUGCAGGCAGCUGGGUUGCUGGAGGAGCAAGCUGAGAUGGGUUUCUUCUCUUUCCCUCCCAAUAACUUAUUGGCCUUCCCUCCUUCUUUCGGCUGCCACCAAACCCUAAAAGCCUUCCCCAUGAACGCACCUUCCUCUCUUCCAAACGAUCAAGCCCUCCUCUCUUCUGCAACCCCAAAGCAAAAGCAAGAUCACAGCUCUACUACUAGUACUACUACUACUACUACCACUACUUCCCAUUUGGAAAGACCCCAUCUCCUCUCCUUGCAAAGAUCCUCAACUGCAAAUCUAUGGGGGUGGGGGGAGGAGGUGAAUGAUAUUCAUGAGUGCUUGGGGAGUAGUAGGAGAGGAGGAGACCACAUGCAGCUGGGGGUGUCUGCAAUGAAGAUGAAGAAGAUAAAGGGAAGGAGGAAGGUGAGGGAGCCAAGGUUUUGCUUCAAGACCAUGAGCGAUGUGGAUGUUCUUGAUGAUGGUUAUAAGUGGAGGAAGUACGGCCAGAAAGUGGUCAAGAACACCCAGCAUCCCAGGAGCUACUACAGAUGCACGCAGGACAACUGUAGAGUAAAGAAGAGAGUGGAGAGACUGGCGGAGGAUCCGAGGAUGGUGAUAACAACGUACGAAGGCAGACACAUUCACUCUCCUUCCCACGACGAUGUGCAGGAUGACUCCCAUUCACCUUCCCACCUCACUCAGUUUUUCUGGUAGAUCCAUCACAUUA